AUUCGGGACUUCACUUGUUGCACACAGGUGUGAUAACACCGAACACUGGUGCCAAAGAUUACUAUGUGACAUAUACAUAUAUUACAUUACGCACAGCUUUUUAUUGGUGACCUGUUUGCGCAUGCGAGGAGGCACGCUGAGGCCACUUUGCCUAACCGAUGACCGUGUCGAGAGCAUCUAUCGCUCUCAAUGCGCACCGCAGAAUAUGAGCGUUCCGUACAAUAACAAGACAUUUAAACCUGGCGAGAUAGAUUUCCAGGUUUUAUUUUUCCGCACGCCUCUCCUACUACUACGUCUCACGCAACAGGCUUCAGCGCCACCAAUGUGGAGUCUACGCUGAAGAAACGGUGCCACCUGUAACCGCGUCUGUUAUCUGCUUCCCGACUUUGAUGCCGACGUCGAGGAUGAAGAAGCAAAACGUCCGGACCCUGUCGCUCAUCCUCUGCAUGUUCUCCUACUUGCUGGUCGGCGCCGCGGUGUUUGACGCGCUCGAGUCCGAGUCGGAGAGCUCCCGCAGACGCAUCUUGGAGCAGAAGCGCAACGAGAUGAAGAAGAAGUACCGCUUCUCCGAGGACGACUACCGCGAAAUCGAGCGAGUGGUGCUGCAAGCUGAGCCCCAUCGUGCCGGGAGACAGUGGAAAUUUGCUGGCUCUUUUUACUUUGCCAUAACAGUCAUCACCACCAUUGGUUAUGGUCAUGCAGCACCAGGCACAGACGCAGGAAAGGUCUUCUGCAUGUUCUACGCUGUACUGGGCAUUCCUCUCACUCUGGUCAUGUUCCAGAGCCUGGGAGAAAGGAUGAACACAUUCGUCCGCUAUCUCCUUCACAAGGCAAAGCAGUGCAUGGGCUUUCGACGCACUGAAGUGUCCAUGGAGAACAUGGUCCUGGUAGGCUUCCUGUCCUGCAUUGGUACGCUGUGUGUGGGAGCUGCGGCUUUCUCCCACUUUGAGGGAUGGAGCUUCUUCCACGCUUACUACUACUGCUUCAUCACACUCACCACUAUUGGCUUCGGGGACUUUGUGGCCCUGCAGAAAAAGGAGGACCUCCAGGAGAAAACGCCUUACGUGGCAUUCAGCUUCAUGUACAUCCUGGUAGGGCUGACUGUAAUCGGGGCCUUCCUUAAUUUGGUGGUGCUCCGCUUCCUCACCAUGAACACUGAGGACGAGAGGAGGGACGCUCAAGAGCGGGCGUCACUGAAGAGGGACAGAGGCCUUUUGGACGGGGCCGUGGGUCUCCAUGUUGUGGGCGAACAGAGCAGAGGCAGCCACAGGGAGAGGAACAGAAGCAAUGUAGCGCACAACCGCAGCCACAGCACACUCUUCCUCCCGAUGGAGGAAGGAACCAGCCGCACCAACCUUAUCGCUUCCCCGGUGGAGGAUCAGGAGAGGCGAAGAAGCCCCUGCAGACACAGGCUGCACUUGCAGAUCAAGGCAGGAAGACGCAGGCCAGAGUCAAGCCUCAGCUCCCUCUGCUCCUGCGUGUGCUACCGCUUAGGGAUUUGUGAUAGUCCUCUCAUGUCCCGCAGUGAACACCACAGCUGCCAUAUCAAUUCUAUUUAUUACAACUCCGUCUCCUAUAGGAUCCAGGGCUGCUCACCAGGUUCCAGGGACAACACUGUACUCUCUUCCCCGGGAAGCACUCUCUCACCUGGGCACAGCUUCCGGGAGUUCCCACGUUCAAGGAGAAAGUCGGUGUAAACAGCAUUGUAGUGAGGGAGAAAGUGUUUGCACUGACUGUAAACAGUAUUUUAAAUGACAUUGUAUUUUGUGUUACACCUCAUUUGUGCAUGUCAGAAGACAAUAAUUCUGUUAACUGAUUAAGUUGUCUGUUGUAGCUAAUGAAAAUCAUUUUAUUUGUAAAGCAAGGAUGAGAUUUAUUUUCCUCUUUUACUAUGCCAUUAUUUAUGUUAGUGAUUCUGCUCUUUUCCUCGCAUGUAAGCCAAAGUGCAGUGCAUGCUAAAGAGAAUGUAUAGCACACAAUGUGAAUGCAUGAGUGCUACAGAAUGUAAAGAUGUGAAAGGUCGGGCUUUUAAUCUACAAUUUUAACAAAAGUAUUUUGGAUAUAGUGCUUAUUAAUGACUGUAUAACUGUUCAGUGAAGGUAUGUGAAUGACCUGAAGUGGACUCUGCUCCGGCUUUAGACAAAACCCUAAAUUGUUCAUGUCAUAGAUAGAAGAUGUCAUUAUACUUUUAUAUUUGAAAAAAAAAAAAGCCUUAAAGAACUUUAACCAAGCACAUGAGAUAUGUGGCUUCUUAGCUCAGUGAAUUUAAUAAAUCCUUUUAUUACUUAUCAUUGGGGGGGGGUCAGAAUAACUUUUAUGUGCAUCAUUCAGCACUGAUGCAUUAUAAAGAGAUUAUGCUUGUUACAUGACUGGUUCAAAUGUAAUGGAUGUAGCACACAACAGAUAUGUAGCAGGAUACGACUGAACUUCCUCCCCUCAGGCCUGGAAAAGUUUUCAUUUUCCAGGCAGGGAGGCGUUGUUUGCUCGUAGACUUGGUUUGUAGUCAGAUUCGAUGUGAGUCUCUUACAGUAAUGUUUUAUUAAACCAAAGGAAAGGACCAUUAAAUGUGUGAGUGUAUUUAUUUUAGUGAAAGUUUAUUACGUGAUUUAGGAAUCCCCAACACAUUCAUGUGAAGUUUUUGUGUUCAUUCGUCUUCCUCUCUUCUGUUUUAAUCUACCAGAAUUCCUUUAUUUUUGAUUAAAAAAUAGGACUCAAUGGCCUUCACUUUACUUCCUUUUGUACUUCAAGUAUCACACCACAGGAACUGGUACAGAGGAAAAACACUUAAAUAAAACUACCACACACUUCUACAGGAAUAAUAAAAAUAACAAAGGUUAUUUUCAAUCAAAAGACUUAAAGGUUUUUAAAACCAAAAAAUAAAAUGAAAUGAUUACGUUUAACCUAAAGUAAUACUUUUCCUCAUAUUUAAACCCAGUUCUAACCUGAUGUUUGACAUUUAGUUGACCUGCAAGUGAUCAAACCAAUGCAUUCUGGGAAAAUACCAGUAGUGGGUUAGAACAAAAUGCAUUUACUCAAGUAUUGUUCUUAGGUUAUGUACCUUACUUACAUUUCAUGUACAGCACAUUUCAGAGCCUCCACUACAUUUAUCUGAAAGCUGUAGUUAGUUGUUACUGUAUAAAUUAAGAUUUGAUGUAAAAAACAUGAUUACCUUGUAAAAUAUGAUGCACUGUCAUAGAUUAAAUUACU